AAACUGGAGAGAGAAAGAGGGACCAAUUCACCAAAAGAGUCCUUUCAGGCGUUCCGCCCGUUAAUUGGAAAAAAGGAGUGAAAACAGAGAAUCUCUCUCUCUCUCCUCUCUGUCUCUUUCUCUCUCUCUCUUAUUCUGAGGGGAAGCUAGAGAGGAAGAGAGCCAGAAGGAGAGGAAGGACACCCAUUUGCUGAAGGGUUGAGGAAGAAGGAGAUGAACAAGUAGUGGAUUUCUUAGACGAGGAAAGAAAAAAAGAAGAAGAAGAACGGAGCAGGAUCUAAAUCAUUUUUCUUUUCAGUAUUUAUCUGUAUCUAGUUUCAUCGGGUGGAGAGUGCUUCAGAUCCUUCAGAAUAGUGUAUUUGCACCGGACAGCUUAUCUUGAAGUGAUGAGUUGAUUUUUAGUCUUCUCACACCGUGGAUGUUGGCAGCGAUCGUAUAUCAGAAGUUGACCGUAUAUACACAGGAGUGAUUUAAUUUUCAUCCUAUAAGAAGCAGUCAGGGCUUGGGAGAUUGAUGAAAUGUCGUCUCUAUGUGUUACUCUUUGAUACCGUGUUGGCAUGUCCAUGGAUGUUUCCCCUUAUGAAAUAGGUUCUGAAGAGCAGAGUGAGAGACAUCCUUUGUUAAUGGAAAGGACAGUAGGUUCAUCAGAUCAUGAGCAUGUUAUAAAUGUAAUGCAGGGUACCGCAACUCCAUCAAGCUCUCAUGACGAUCUAAACAGCUUAGACUCAUCACAUGAGGAUAGGUCGCCUACUGACAGUACACAGGUCCAACACCCUCCAUCUUCAUCUACCUUGUCUUCUUCAAGAAACAGUUCAUUCCUGAGAAGAGGUGAUAAUUAUGGCCGCCGACACAGAAGUCCUCUCAACUCAGGGUUGUGGAUUUCAGUUGAACUUGUAAUUGCAGUUAGCCAGAUAAUUGCGUCGGUAAUUGUUUUGUCACUGUCAAGACAUGAGAAACCAAAGGCUCCACUGUUUGUCUGGGUUGUGGGUUAUGCUUCUGGCUGUCUUGCUACCCUUCCACUUCUUUAUUGGAGGUACAUCACACGUAAUCGUUUCGCGGAACAGGACUCAGCUCAGAUGCAUGUGGAUUCUAAUCGGGAUAACCCUUCUCUGGAAUCAGCUUCUUAUGCUGUGAUGUCAACUCCUCAAGCUCCUGAAGCUGAAGUGCAUCAUAGAACCACUUCAAACUCAUGGAUUGAUCAACAUGCAAACCCUAGAAGCACAAGAAUCGGUGUUCUAGUAGACCACUUUAAAAUGGCACUUGAUUGCUUUUUUGCUGUUUGGUUUGUUGUUGGCAAUGUCUGGAUCUUUGGUGGGCAUUCCUCUUCUUCCGAAGCCCCAAACUUGUACAGGUUAUGUAUAGUAUUUCUGACCUUCAGUUGCAUUGGGUAUGCUAUGCCAUUUAUUCUCUGUGCAACAAUCUGUUGCUGCUUGCCUUGCAUCAUCUCUAUUCUUGGUUUCCGGGAGGAUCAAUCUUACAACAGAGGAGCUACAGAAGAAGCUAUUAAUGCUCUUCCAAGUUACAAAUUCAAGGCAAAAGGUGGACAACGAAGAACCGAGGAUGAGAAUGAAAUUGAUUCUGAUGGUCUAGGCGAUGGUGGUACUAUAGCAGUUGGUACAGAAAGGGAGAGAUUGGUUUCAGCAGAGGAUGCGGUCUGCUGUAUUUGCUUGGCAAAGUACGUCAACAACGAUGAAUUGCGAGAGCUACCAUGUGCACAUUUUUUCCAUGUGGAAUGUGUUGACAAGUGGCUGAAGAUCAAUGCACUAUGUCCACUCUGUAAGCAUGAGGUUGGUAUCAGCACUAGCUCUACAGAUGAUCUAAACUUUGAUGCGAACCAUGGGGAGCAGAGAGUAGGAACUGUGAUCACUGGUGCUUAUGCAAUGGUCUAGGACGCCUUGUCUCUGUCUCAUCAAACCCCAGAAACCCACAUUAUCGUGGGCCAUAUCAGUAGCAAGAUGGAUCAUCUGAACUUUUGCGGAGAAACUUGCAUUAGAUACCCACAUUCCAGAGGUUGUCCAUUAAUCAGCUUCAGCUGUUGGAGUGUCGUCAUCAGAGUUGAUCUGUUGGGCAUGUGGAUGGGGUAGAUUCUGUACUAUUGGAUCCAACCUUGGGCAGCAGACAGUGGCGGAGGGUGGGGUAUGUUUUGUGUGUGCCUGGUGGCCCCUGACCUUCUUCCCAUUGUCCUGCUGCUUGUUGCGUACCUCAUAGCUUGCCAUCGAAGUGUGGGUGAAGAAAUCUGUGAGUACGUCUCCAACAUUUUGUAUGUCCCAAGUCAUAAAGCUACAAACGGAAGAUGGGUUGCCUGCCUUCUAUCCUUUUGUAUAUUAUAUGAUAUAUCUUGAUUAUCAAGUUUUUACCCUCUCUUUCUCUCCAA